AUGUCGCAACCAAGCCACGACGAGUUCGUAGUGGAAUCUCAUGAACCUGCUGCUAGGCGCUCCAAGUUCUGUGGUCUACGCGACUUUUGCGACUUGGCUGAUGAAUGGAUCUCCGCAUCAAAGUUUGGCCACUUUUUCCGCCUCUGCGGGAGCGGCCAUCCCAACGAAAACACCGACGCGACAGCUUUCCAAGAAAUUCGUGCCGGCUUGACCACUUUUGCCACCAUGGCAUAUAUCAUCGCGGUGAAUGCUUCCAUGCUCUCUCAAACAGAGGUCCGACGCGAUCUAGUUACAGCCACCGCUGCUAUUGCCGGCAUGGCAUCUCUUGUUUUCGGUCUCCUGACGAACCUUCCGGUCGCAAUUGCUCCAGGCAUGGGUCUGAAUGCGUACUUUGCGUUUCAGGUCGUUGGUAUAAACGGCAGUGGCUCUGUCCCAUAUCGCACCGCCCUGACUGCCAUCUUCAUCGAGGGAUUCAUCUUCAUUCUCCUUGCGCUGACUGGCAUGCGACAAUGGCUCGUCAAGAUUAUCCCCGCAACGCUGAAGACGGCGACGGGCGUCGGCAUCGGUUUCCUACUAACUGAAGUAGGCCUCUCGUACUCUUCUGGCAUCGGCGCCAUUACUGGCGGAGGCCGCGCCUCGCCGCUCACUCUGGGCGGCUGUCCCGCAGAGCUGAUCGAUCCCGUCAGCGGUGUGUGUACAUCCGGCCAGAUGACGAAUCCCAAACUUUGGCUCGCUGUUCUCUGCGGUGGCAUCUUGACUGCUUUUUUGAUGGCAUACAGGAUCAAAUAUGCCCUCGUCAUUGGUAUCGCUUUGGUUUCUGUCAUUUCUUGGCCGCGCAACACUGCCGUCACAUACUUUCCCGACACCGCCGAGGGUGACUCACGUUUCGAGUUCUUCAAGCAAGUCGUCGCGUGGCAUCCGCUGAGCCGCGUGGCCAACCAGCUCGAAUGGGACAUCCAGACGAGCGGCUCCCACUUUGCGCUCGCGCUCUUUACCUUUCUGUACGUGGACAUCGUUGACGCCACGGCCACUCUGUACUCGAUGGUGCGCUUCUGCGGCGUCGUCGACAAGGACGGCGACUUUCCACGCUCGACCAUUGCGUACUGCACCGACGCCGCUUUUAUAUCCAUCGCGGCGCUAUUUGGCUCGUCACCCGUCACGGCCUUUAUCGAGAGUGGUGCUGGCAUUGCCGAGGGCGGGCGCACAGGACUAACAGCCAUUGUGACGGGCUUGUGCUUCAUCGUGGCCGUCUUCUUUGCGCCAAUAUUUGCCUCGAUCCCACCCUGGGCCACGGGCUGCACCUUGAUUCUGGUCGGCUGCAUGAUGAUUCGCCAGAUUACGCAGAUCAACUGGCGCUACAUUGGUGAUGUCCUGCCCUCGUUUGUCGUCAUGACCUUCAUCCCCUUCAGCUACAGCGUUGCAUACGGCUUGAUUGCGGGCAUCUUCGUCUACACCAUGCUCAACGGGCUCAUCGGUAUCGUUGUAUACAUCUCCGGCGGGGCCUGCGAGCCUCCCGAGUAUGACCUCAAAGAGUACUGGAGCUGGAAGGGCGCCGGGCAAGCCCCGUGGUUUGUGCGUGCCGUCCGCCAGCGCCGCAAGAGAGCGCAGGAUGUCGCCACGCCGGUUGGUGUGCCCGAGUCGCGCUCGCCGCAGCAGGACCGUGUGGUCUCUUUCUCGCGUGACUCGCACGGCCGGUCCUCGCCCAAGGGUGAGUCUGCCACGAUGGCCGAGCAACCCAUUCUGUCGCGGCCAACUCCGGAGCAGAUGGAUCGCAGGUCUCGCUGA